AAAAUAAAGUUUAGCAAUGUUUGGCCAUAAUUAAAACAAAUAUUUAUUUAUCUUUUACUUAAAUACGACUGUUUCGUGUUGUUGCUCAUAUGAUCAAAAUGUUUACCAAAGUGGUGACGCUACUAUGCAUCGUUUUUGUGCUCAAACAAGCCGAUUGUUUGACUCAAAGCGAACUUCAAGCCGAAUACCGACCAACACUUUUACGACUUCGUGACGUUGCUAAUCUCAAAUACCAGGAAGCUACUCGCGAAUAUGACUCCCUAGUGUCUCAACUGAACUUGUAUCUGACCCGAAGCAAAAAUAAUACACAAACUCAAAUCAACAGAAUCAAGAAUAUAGUAACACAAGCGGCGAAAAAUGCGACUGGAGUAACAGCUUCGUGUUUGAAAGUGCAACAAAAUGAUGCCUCUCGUUUGAGCACUUACAGUUUGAAUAAUUGUAACAGUAAUACGAAUUUUUCAACUCUUCAAAGAACAAAAUCAAAAUUUACAACUCUUGCCAAUGUUGCCUCUAAUUCAGUGAAUUAUUGUUCCUAUCUGAAUCCUUUGGACACUCAGAUCGAAUCGAACGAGAAGUGUUUGGGUGACAAAAUCUACGAUUUGAAUCUGCAGAUAAACCGACUCCAGAGGCAAUACGAGGAAUUGAGCAAUAGUACUUUGCAUUAUAAUAUCAACUGUCUAACUGAUAAAGCUGGCGCUAUUCUGAGUCAGAUUGGAGUUAUCAGCUACGAAAUCAAUGUUUGUUUCUUCACGCCAUAAUGGCGAGAUAAAUGUUACGUCUUAGAAGUUUCCAGUAAUUGUGAUUAUUUCAUCAAUAAAAUAAAAAACACGAU